AUGAAUUACUUUGAGGAUAAAUCUGCGGAGAAAUCGCAAUCGCAGGUAACGGCCAGUGCCGAGAUAGAAGAAUUACAAAGCGAUAAGAAAAACAUUAGUCCAGUGAUAAAGUUUGGGAAAAUGUAUCAAGUAUUAAGCCCCGAAGACCCCAAUAUCGAAUCGCCGUUGCCAAGUCCUUCAGCGCCACUGUUUUCGCCCGUCGGCAGCUGGGCUAGUAAUCCUGCAGCUUCCUCACUAUCCUAUUUCACCAUUUCCAAAGUAUUGUCGUUUCUUUUAUACUCGAGUACUGAAAUUUGA